GGCUUUCGCUUUGCGGAGUUUGGUUGCGCUACGCGUCGGUAUUUUUUUAUCUUAUUGGUUUUUGAAAUAUCUUUUUUUCUAAAUUGCGUGAAAUUCGUGAGUGAAAUGCACGGGAGUUGCACAAAUUCAGCGCUUUCGGUUAGCUUGUGGUGAGAGUGGCGAUUUUUUGGAGGGGAAAACAGUGAAAGAGGGGAAUUUUCUAGAUCAAUCCAAGCAAUCGCUGCGGAGCCAGGAGAAAAUUGCGUCCCCGCUGCCAAGUGGCGAUUUGGUGGCUGAAAAUUACCUGAAAUUGUGCCAAUUAUGGGCCGAAAAGCUCGAAAUAAAACACGAAUCCGGCCACCACCGUUGGAGAGUGGGCCUAGCGGAGACGCGAUGGACUCGUCGGCCGAGGUGGACUUUGAGCAGAUGCUCGAAACGAGCGUCAUUACGCGGAGCGGACUUCGGAACGGUCAGAAACUGACGACGCCGGUGAAGAGUUCGCCGGAAGUGGUCCGCCAGGACGGAACAAGCCCGACAAAUAAAGAAACUGUGACACCAAAAAGAACCAAACCCGCUCUGCGGUCACCUGCUCCGACUCGAGUGGAUCGAGACGAUAGCAAGGACAAGAUGGCCUCUCCACCGGUUAAAAGUCCCGUUGAAUCUCCCCAAGGGACGCCGGAUAAUAAGGACGUCAACGGAAAUGACACUUCCAGCGCGGAGCAGGAUGCCAACGAGCCAGUAAAUCCGAAGGUUUUGAAAACUUACAGCAGGACACCGGCUCAUGCACGAUCAAAGGGACAGGACUUCGGAACGCCACGAAGGCUACGAACAUUCACCAGUUCACCGCUGAAAACCCAUCGAAUCCCGCCAAAACAGCCGGGAAGCGCGCCCUCAACCCCGAAACUCACCCCAGCCGACGUGGAGGACCGCCUCAAAUCGCCCGAACGAUCGCGCUACCUGCUGAAACAGCUCGAGAGUUCGCUCAGCCCAAAGUUCACGCAACCCGCCAAGACGAGCAGCGUGCACGUGAGCCGCUACGGGCGCAUCCAGAAGCAAAAGGAGAACGCCGAUUACAUCCCGCUGGACGUGGCCAAGUUUAUCACCAAGUCGCCGCCGAAGGCGAAGGUCAAUCCGGUGGUGGCGGUGAUGAAGGUCGCCGAGGAGCCAGUUGAAGAGGAGGAGCAGGAGGAGGUCAUUCAGAUCAUCAAAACGGAACCGGAGGGUGGCGACGACGAGGCGGACAUUGUUCCGAUUGACCAGAUUCAGAUCGUCGACUUGGACGUCAGUUUGAGCGAAUCGCUGGCGGCGGUCGAGCCGGACCCGGUGAAGGUUGAGAUGGAGAAGAGUUCGGACGCGGACAGCGCGCGGGGGUCGUCGAUUGAUUUGGACACGGCGGGGUCGGCGGUCGGGUACAAGCUGGGGCAGGUGUUUUGGGGAGCUUUUCACGCGAAGACGAUUCAUUGGCCGUGCAUGAUUUACCCGAACCCGGAGGAUGGCCAGUUGACGCUGGUCAAGAAGAACAAGACCGUCGUUCAUGUGGUGUUCUUCGCGGACAAUGGCCGCCGGGGUUGGAUUGCGGAAUCGACGCUGCUGCCGUUUGGUGGGUUGGAAGAGUACAAGUCGUUGAUUGCGGCAAAGUUUAAGCCGUUGAAGAACAAGCUCACCACGCAUCUGAAGAGGCAGACCUGGAUCGAUGCGAUUCGACAAGCGGAAGAGGUGCAAGGUUUCCCGAUCGAGGCACGUGACGCCCGGUUCCAGGAGCUGCUGGAAGCGGAACUGGCCGCCAAGCCAAAGGCCCCGAUGCGGAAACGAGCCAUGAGCAUAUCGGCCGGCUAUCACAGCAACAGUUUGGACGAAUCGUUCGAAUCUCGCGAGAAGCGCCUUCGGUCACCGACGCCCGAAAGUCCGAUGUACGAGGAACUGCCCGUUAAGAACAAGCGCAUCAAGCUGGAAGCGAGCGCCGACGACGUAAUAUCGCGGUACUUCCAGUCGAUGAAGGACGGAUCGCUGGAAUCGACCAGCGCAACGGGUAGUGAGUGCAGCGAUGAGGUGCUGUCCGCGGCGGAACUCGCCGGUCUUGAUCGGGACGAGUACAACAGCUACCUGCUCGGGAUGAACCGAUCGUACGACGCGAUCAUGUUGGCACAAGCCGGCCGCGCACGAACUUCCCACCGAUUACGCACGCAAGCGCUGCGAAACUCCUUCCUCAAGCUGGAAUCGCUGACCAAAAAGGAAGAAACGCCCAGUCCGGUGUUGCCGCCGCGAUCAACCUCCCCAACCGUGACCAAAACCAAAAAACCUCAAACGCUCGACGAAAUGUUUUGCUUCAAGCUCGAGAAGAACUACCUCAUGAAGGGCAUUCCGAAGGGUUUCGCGUGCGCCGUCUGUCUGGAACCGAACGACGUGGUCAAAUGCUCCGCCUGCCACAAUCACUUCCACCCGCGAUGCAUCAGCGCCAAGACCAGUUCCGAUCCGAAGCUCUUCAAGUGUGUGGAAUGCGCCGACGGCCACACGCAUCGUUGCUUCGUGUGCAACGACCAGGACGCGACCAUCGCGACCGAAACCAAGCAUCGCUGUGCGCUGUCCGGAUGUGGCAAGUACUACCACAUCCACUGCCUUCGGUUGUUCCCCCAGCACAAGAUCACGAGCACGCCCAACUCGAGCACGUUGUUCUGUCCGUACCACACGUGUCACACGUGCGUCUCGGACGAUCCCCGUACCAACGCAACCGCCACCCGGGGCUCCCUCGUCCGCUGUAUAAAAUGUCCUUCUUCGUACCACCCGGACGCCAAGUGCGUCCCCGCCGGCUCUCAACUGCUGACCACGUCGACCAUGAUCUGCCCCAAACACUCGCUCGAGCAGUGCUCCAUCAACGUCAACUGGUGCUUCCUGUGCUGCAAGGGCGGAAGUCUCAUCUGCUGCGAAACCUGCCCGACGGCCUUCCACCUCGAGUGCCUCCAGUUCAACCCGCCCGAAGGUCGCUACAUCUGCGAAGAGUGCGAGUCCGGCCGAAUGCCCCUCUACAACGAGAUCGUCUGGGCCAAAUAUUCCGUGUUCAAGUUCUGGCCCGCGCUCACAAUUCCCCCGCCAGCCGUUCCGGACGUGGUGUUCCGGCGGCAGCACGAGCGAACCGACAUUUGCGUGCGCUUCUUCGGCACGCACGACUUUGGCUGGAUCAACCGGAGGCGGAUCUACCUGUAUCACGAGGGCGACUCGGACAGCGUGACGGACCGGAAGCGGUCGGGCAUGAUGGAGCGGUACAACGAGGCGCUAAGAGAGGCACGCCAGGUUUUCGAGCGGCUGCAGGCGGAAAAGGCUCGCGCCCAGGAAUCGGCACCGGACGAUUUGAGCUUCAAGCCGCCGAUGUACGUCAAGAUCAAGUCCAACAAGUACGUUGCUCCGCUGAGGGGACGCAACGCGGCCAGGGACGAGGAGGAGGACUCGAUCUGCGAGUGCAAACCGUCGGACACGGACCCGUGCGGGCUGGACUCGAACUGCAUCAACCGGGCGCUGCUCGUCGAGUGCAAUCCGAAGACGUGUCCAGCGGGCGAGAGUUGCCAGAACCAGUGCUUCGAACGGAAGCAGUACCCGGCGCUGGCGGCCAAACGGAUACCGAACAAGGGCUGGGGUUUGGUCGCGCAGGAGGACAUCCAGCAGGGUCAGUUUGUGAUCGAGUACGUCGGCGAGGUGAUCAACGGCGAGGAGUUGGCGCGGCGGAUAAAGCAGAAGCAGGAGCAAAAGGACGAAAAUUACUACUUCCUGACGGUGGACUCGGAGCUGACGAUCGACGCGGGACCGAAGGGCAACUUGGCCCGGUUUAUCAACCACUCGUGCGAGCCCAACUGCGAGACGCUGCUGUGGAAGGUCGGCGGAAGCCAAUCGGUGGGGCUGUUUGCCCUCAAGGACCUGAAGGCGGGCGAAGAGCUCACCUUCAACUACAACUUUGAGACGUUUGGCGACCAGAAGAAGAUCUGCCACUGCGGUGCCGUCAAGUGUUCCGGCCUAAUCGGACAAAAGUACCGGCCGCCGGUGCCGGAGGAAGCGCCAGCCAAAGCAAAGCAGGGCAAAAAGGCGGCAGCAAAACGACGCCGGCACAGCAUCCAUCCGGCGGCACUGUUUGGCAAGAAGCGCAAGCUGGACGGCGAGGAACCCGUCGCAAGUGGGUCGGGCAAAAUGAAACGCAUCAAGCAGGUCAGUGCGUCGACAUCGGUUGAGGAACCACCGGUCGAGGUUAAGCAAGAGCCGCAGUCACCGUGAUCAGGAGGGCAAUUGUUUUUUUUUUAACUGGCGGGACCAAGCACUUGUAUUUAUUGAUAACUGUGCGCUCCGAAAAUAGGAAAAACGGCCCAAUCAUCACACACGGAUCAAUCACAAUUUAUAAACAAAAACAGAUAUAUUUUUUAGAGUACCAUGUUGUUAACAAAAAAUAUUUGGAAACGAAUGUUCAAAUUAAAGCGCAGUGCUAUUUGCUGCUCUGCCUCAUCGAGCGAGAAGACACGAGAAAAGAACGCCUAAAAUUGUUGUUUUCUUCCUCACCUCGUUUAGCCUAGUUGUUAAGUUUAGAUUGUAUUUAAUAUAAAGUUGUCGCAAAAGUGCAUUUAAAAUUUUCGAGAGUGUCUUAGUACUAACCACCAUUCUACAAACCAAGUGUAAACUAAUUGCGAGAUUUAGAUCGUGUUUUUUCAGAUGCUGCGGCAUCUCGAUUGGCGCCCAACAUUCGAGUGUGAAUACAGCGUGAAACAUUGUUGAAAUGGUUGAUUUUAUCUAGAACGAGUAGCGAAAUAAACGUAAGGACUUGUUGUUCAUCUAAUUUGAACUAAG